GCUCCUCCGCCGAGUAAAACCACCCCACUUCACCUUCCCUUAGCUCACUUUCGCCGCAGCAGUCGGACCACAAACCCCCAACAAAGCCACUGAGAAAGUUUACUUGUGUUUUUUUUUUUUAUUAAAUUUGUUUGUUGUCGCUACCUGUAAACAUGGCUCAGGUCAACACGUGCCUCAAACGCGUCUUCACCAUCUUCAACAUCUUCUUCGCGGUCGUGGGCGGAGUCAUCAUCCUGCUUACCAUUCUGUCUCAGGUCCUCACCGGCCUUCAUGGAGCAGAAGAGAUGGAAGGUCGCGUCACUGGCCUCGCCAUCCUCUACGGCGUGGGCAUCGUGACCCUGGUGAUCGCAGGCGUGGGAGCGUACGGAGCUCACAGGGAGAGCAAAGCAGCUCUGAUUGUGUUCCUGGUGUGUAUGGUGAUUGGCAGUCUGGCGAUGCUGAGACUUGGAGUCCCAGCGGCCGUCGCACGACCUCAGGUGGAGCGUGUUCUGGAGGACAAGUUCCGCAGCAUGGUGCCCCUGGACAAGGCCACGGAGGAUGUGAAGGACAUGGCGGACACUCUGCAGACUCACAUGCACUGCUGUGGUCUGUUCAGCUACAAAGACUGGGAAGGUGAAAUCCCUGACUCGUGUGUGUGCAAUCGAAUGGAGCAGGAGGAGGGAGAGUGUGAGGCCAUCUCCUACAUUAAUUUGUUCCAGAUGAAGAACAAGUACGUCUACUCCAAGCCCUGCUUCCCCAUGCUGAUGUACUACUUCCUGCUGAUCCUCGACAUCGCCAUCGGCAUCAUCUUCUCUCUGGCCAUACUGGCGCUGCUGGGAAUGACCCUGUCAUCCAUCAUGAUCCACCAGAUGCGUCACCCCAGGAGCAACACCCUGGUCAUGACGGUGCCGGCCAUCUUUACUACGGCUCCGCCCAAAUACCAGGAGCUGCACAACCCACCGGGCUACUAGAGGAAAAAAACCCAGGAAUAAAACUGCGUCUCUGCACAGGGUCGCUCUUUUCUGUUGGUUUUUCAUAUCUUUCCAAGGGAUGACUGUCGGGAAUUUUUUAUUUUUUUUAGAAGGAACAGCCUUCACAAAGCGACAAAGAAAUGCUGCUUAAAAACAUGUUUGCAACUAUUUUUGUCUUUCUUUCCUCUUUUGUUUGUGUUUUUUUUUCUGCUGUUAUUCUUGUAUGAAAAAAUGCAGCGCCAGUAUCCAGAUCAGGAAAAACAAAAGAAGAAUUUUGUUUUUGAUGAUGUUUGAAUUCACUUUUCACCGUUAAGUUUUGGCGUAAGACAAAAACAGAUUUUUUUUUUGAUUUUUCCUCUAAAACUUUUUGCUACACACUGAAGAAAAAGGAAAGAAACGAAAAGCCAUUUUACUACUAUAUAAUAUUAAUAAACCACUGAUUUUCGUAUCGUUUAGAAAAUGUUUAAAAAAAAAACCGACUGAGCCACGAGCGUCGGGAACAGAGUUUAAAGUCAAGAGAGAAACAAAAACGCAGAUUUUUUAGUUUGUGUAUAUUUUUAUACCUUUUCUCGUUGAAUGUAUCUUUUUUUUUUUUUUGAAGUGUUUCUGCUUGUGGGCGUGGCCUUCAAAGUUACGAAGGAGGGAAAUUUAAAAAAGAAAGUAUGGUUCUUAACUAUUAUUAUUUACAAAGAGAGUCACUUUAAAAAGGUCCAAUGAAAAGUUUGUGUCUAAAGUUUGGAAACAAACGGACGAUUUAUCUUUUUAAUCAUUCGUUUAUUUUGUCUCUGUCCAGUUUGAUUUAUUUUCCCUCUGAACUCACGACUUCAUAACAAAUAAAAUCAGACAAGAAACCCA